AUGGUGACACCAAGUCGCGGAGCAUUUGUGCUUUGGUACAUGAUCGCCGCCCUGCGAGUCGGCCAGGAAUCGCCCACCUCGUGCAAAACCCUGGAACACGAAGCCCGAAAACGCGAGGAUGGCUUCUCAAAGUACAACAAACAAGUUCCGUGUUCCAGAUCUAAAGCGCAGCGCGUCAGCUCCCAUCUGGUUACCCUCUCACAGUUUCAUGAUCAGAAGUGGCUGUAUACGAAUUGUGGGGAGGACAGCAUGUUUCGCAUACUGGUAGGACUCGAGCUGGACGUCUACCCUCGAGAAUAUUGGAAUAACACCCGGGCAUAG